AUGUCAUUAAAUGAUUUUUUAGCGCAAACUUACGGUAGUGGGAAAGAUGGGAAAGCCAAAAAGUCCAAAAAAUCCAAGAAGGCUGAGAAAGAUUAUCAAAGGUUAAUGCUGGAUGUGGUUGAUACGAGUCCGAAAUUUGAAGUUGAUUCGAGUGAAGAUGGGGUAUAUAGAGGACAAAAGUCGAACAAAACUGCCAAAACCUCCAAAACUGGAGCUUGGAAAAAUCUGACAACUAAUGAAAUAGCUUUUGAAUUACCAGGGUAUGGGGCUCAGGACGUUUUGCCUGCGUCCAAUUCCAAGUUUUCUGGAGAAGUUAUGUCUUCUGGCGCUAGAGCAGGUUUACAGACAGCUGAACAAGUUGCGUUGCAGAUGCGUGAAAAGGAGGCACUGGACAAAUUACUCGCAGAGCAAAGUCAACGUAAUAAUGAAGCGGUUUUCCGAGAUCAUAGGGGCAGAAAGAUAGAAAAUUAUGCGGAAAUGGCAGAUUUACAAGAAAAUUUUACACGACGUCGACAAUUGGACGAAGAAGCGCAAUUGAAGGCACUUAACGUAGGAGAAAUUCAAAAAUUGGGACUUACAGAUGUACGUUUACGAAAUGGAACCAUGUCAGAAUCUUCUUUGAAAUUCGAAGAUCCGGUGAAUACAUUUAAGCCCAUUUCAAAUAACGCGGCGUCCAGCCCUGUCUCUCUGACAGGACGGAAACUCUACAAUAAGGCGUUUCCUGAAAACAGAUUUGGUAUUACACCAGGACACAGGUGGGAUGGUGUUGACAGAUCCACCGGAUUUGAAAAGGCGUGGUUUGCCAAGCAAACUGAGAUUAACGAUGAGAAAUCCAUGCUUCAUAAUUUGCAAGAGACAUAG